AUGCCUUCUUUCCGGCUCUCAGAGGCCGACAAAUCCGAGCCGAACUCGAAAACGGCCUUCCCCGCCUUAUCCGCCUUUUCAGGCUUCUUCCGAAAAGCGCGCGCCUCAAGCGCGCGCUCAAACUCCCGCUCUCUGGCCUCAGCCUCCAUAUUGCGCAAUUGUGCGCGCGCACGGGUCAAGACCGUCCCCCUCCCAGAUCCAAUGGGCCUCCCCCUUCGCGCCUUAUUUUCCUUCGCGCGUACUCGCUCGUCGGUCUCCGUUUCCGAGCCUGUAGAGCCCGCUAACGGAGGACGCGCAGCCGUUCUCUUGCGCCUAAUGGACGCAUCUGUGUCCGCGCUGGCGUCUGAGUCAGCCAUGACUCAUUCGCCAACCGCACACACUCGCACACACACAAACGACGCGACAAAUGUCGCCAAAAACAACAAAAAUCCAAACCAAAUCAAAAAAUCCAAAAAUCCG